ACGGUACCGUGAAAUGCUCCAACUUUGCCACCAGGUAAAUCUUUGCCCCAAACAUAAUUUCUAUGAAAAUCUACUAAUUUCACAAAAACUACCAAACUUACGACCACUUUAGUAAUAUUGGUAGAAAAUCGAAUAUGCAUUUGGCAACACAGAAUAUAACGUUCGCUCGUAACUUCACUCAGUUACCAGUCGAAACUUGUCGAACACGGAGUGUAUUUUUGUGGGCAAUUUCUGUGAAUAUUUGGAAGUUAAUUUGUGCAUUAUGGCGAAUACACCGAAAAACACACAUAAAUCACGCAUUAGACAAAGAAAGUCAAGACGAGAACUGGGAUCACGAAUGUACAAAAAUUAUUCUUACGAAAUGUUGAUGCUUGCGUGUGAAGCUGUUCAGUCAGGUCAAAUUUCAUCAAGAGAUGCUGAAAGACAAUUUGGAAUCCCAAGGCGUACUAUAGUUAAUAAAAUAAAACAAGUACAUUUGAAACCCGUUGGUCGCCCUACUGCUUUAACAACCAAAGAAGAAGAUCAAAUAGUUAAGGUUUUACAAGCUUCUAGCACCUUUGGCUCCCCGCUAACAAAAUUAGAUCUGAAGCUAUUGAUUCAUGAAUAUGUGAAGAAAAACUCAAGGGAUCAUAUUUUUAAGAAUAAAAUUCCUGGUGAUGCAUGGGUACAGAGCUUUUUGGUAAGACAUGCUAAUGAAUUGACUUUGAGAACUACCCAAAAUAUUUCAAAGGCGAGAGCUGAAAAGGGAUCUCAAGAAAUACUUAAUUAUUUCAAGAAUUUAAGUACAACAUUGAAAGAUGUACCAGCUGAAAACAUUGUCAAUUUCGACGAAACUAACCUUUCCGACGACCCAGGCUCUUCUAAGAGCAUUUUUAGAAGAGGGGUGAAAUACCCUGAAAGAAUAGUGAAUUCCACUAAAGGAAACAUAUCUCUGAUGUUUACAGCUACCGCUGCUGGUAGGUGCCUCCCUUUAUAUGUGGUUUAUAAAGCAACAAAUUUAUACUCUGAAUGGAUUAAUGGAGGACCGCCAGAAACCAGAUAUAAUUGUACUAAGUCAGGCUGGUUUGACAGCGCCAUGUUUGAGGAUUACUUUGAAACAAUAAUUAUUUCGUGGGCAAAAGAAACUGAGGGGGCAAAAGUUGUCAUUUGCGACAACCUAUCUAGCCAUUUGAGUGUCAAAGUAGUAGAGUUGUGCGCGCAACAUAAUAUUAAGUUUGUAUUCAUCCCUCCGAGGUCAACACAUCUUACACAACCACUAGACGUUGCUUUUUUUGCGCCUUUAAAAAAGUGCUGGCGUAAAAUUUUGUACCAGUACAAGCUCAAAAAUCCGACCCAAACUACGUUAAAUAAAAAACAUUUCCCGAAAUUGCUCAAUGAAUUAAUCGAAGUAAUUAAGAUAAAUGAAAAAAGGAACAUAAUAAGUGGCUUUAGGGCAUCAGGAAUAUUUCCAUUGAAUCCGCAAGAAGUUCUGAAAAAGAUCCCAGAAAUGCAAGAGGAAAUAAUAUCAUAUGGAAUCGAUCAAGUACUAGUGGAUUAUUUAACAGAGACCAGGGCGCAAAAGCCUAUGCAAGUACAGAGGAGUAAAAAAGUCAAUUGUGAGCCAGGCAAAUCGGUAAGCAUUUCUGAUAUAAAUGUUGGUACCUGCAAUAAGAAAGUAAAAAGGCAAUCCGUUAAAGUUUCUAGUGUUCAAAAAACAAACGAUGAAUCUUCCUAUUUAGACGAAAAAACUGGCUUUUAUGUACCAGGAAUUGUUGAUCUUUGUUCAGAAAUUAAUGAUAAUUAUGCUCAAGACUUGGAAAAUACUAUCAGUAUCCCCCAGUGGCAGGAUACAAAUAUUCCUGAAAGUCUUAGCAAACAAUGUAUUGAUGUAAUAAAUUCUUAUUUAAGCCAAUCAUUGCGUAUUGAAAUGACAACAUCGUCCUCUGACCUUUUUAAAGCUUCAAAUGAUACCACAAACACAUGUCCUGCUAAGAAAAGUAAAAUAACAAUUCUUUCGAAUAUUCGCAUAAAAUCUCCAACACCAGCAAAUGAUGUUUGUUUGUUAAAAAAUGCUACCACUAUGGCAGAGAAUAUGCCGUUUGUAGCUGCGUUUAAAACAGACUUGCCGAUAUGCCUACAAGACGGGAAGAAAAAUAAAUUAAAGAAAAAAAUAGAGAAGAUAAAAGAUAGAAACAAUAAGAAAAGUAAUAGUAACCAUGCAGUAAGAAAAAAUCGAAAGGGGAUAAAUUCAGUCCGAAGAUGUUCUUCAAUAAAAAGAAAACAUAAACAAUAUUCUGAUACUGAGUCAAGUUCUACAUCGAAAGAAUUUUUAACAGUUGAUACCGAUGAAGAAUACGAGACAAUAAAUGAUUUUUACAUAGCUGAAUUCCUCCAACAAGAGGAUAAAGAAAAUUUUGAGCCCCCACAAACGACUUCCUUUGGAUUACAUGACAUUGAAUAUUUUUCUGAAAAUCAAGAAAAAAUUAAAGAAAAUGAUUGGAUUAUUGCUAAGUUUGCUACAAAAAAGAGUUUGAAACAUUUUGUAGGUAAGGUUUUAUCGAUUAAUGGUGUAAAUCCUGUGGUAAAGUUUUUACGCAAGGUUAAAGAAUCUAAAUGUGAUACAGGAACGACUUUUUCUUAUCCAACAGUUGACGACAUUUGCACCAUUGAACAUUUAGAAGAUAUUGUAACAGUUUUACCCGAGCCAACAAUUACUCGACGCGGUCAGAUUAUAUUUCAUGUAGAUUUCAGUAAUUUUAACAUUCAAUGAAAAUUUACUUGCCGAACUUUUCUGAAUUAUUGUUUCUUAGAAUUCCAUUUUUCGAAAAUAAUUUCAUAAGUUGGUAAAAAUGUUAAUUAUAAUCCCGUAAACUUUAAUUGCAACUGAGUGAAAUACUGUUUUGAAAUAUUGUUUUGUUGAUUGUUUGACAGUUUCCAAUCUUAUUCAAUCAUAUAUAUAGAUAAAUAAAUAAUACAUAGAUUAUAAUGAUUGAUACUAGUAGGUAAAAUGAUAAUAAAUAUACCGUGAAAUUUUAAUGGUUGUUUUCCCGCAGCGAAAAAAUACAAAGCAAGUAGUCCAGUUGAUUAAUUUUUUUAUUAAUAUGACAAGAAGUUUGUUCUACGAAGUCGAAGAUUAUUUUGUCUUUAUAGUGCGAUUUGUUGGCCACUGUAAGAUAACUGUAUUUUUUUAAACUAAUAAAAUCUAUACAUGUGUAAUGAAUAAACUAUAUCUACACAAACAUAAUAAUAUAUAGAAAACAACUAUUAAAACACGGUAUGCAACUCAGUGCAUUGAUUAGUUGCUAAAAAAAUAAGUUAAAUUACUGAAGUGAUUUGUUAAAGACUGUGUUCUCCAAAGAAUAUUUUAGUAUGUAGAUUGAAAAAGUGAGAAUUUAUACCAUUCCUCGCGUUAUAUUCGGGGAAAGAUAAUUAUCUAGUUGAAACAUUAUUAGGUUUACAUUUUAUAAUUAAUAAUAAAAAUGUUAAUAGGAGUGUUGACAAUUUUUUUAAAGUAUAAUUUUGAUGUUUAUGUAAAGAAGCGUUAAAAACAAUUUUAAGAAUUCUAGAAAAAUUAAAUAAAAUCUUCUCAUAAUGCCAGAGAUAUUAGCGUCCAAAAUUCGAGGAGAUAUCGCUAUCCUCUUCUCGCUCGAAGUUUGACGGUAUUGACGCCACGGCAAAAUAAUGCCUUCAUUUUUCAUUAUUUUUUUACAUUUGAUAUUUUUUAUUUGGUUCAUUUCCGUGCGAUCUAUUUCAUGAAAAGUGUAACUAUCUGCAAUAGGUAGAUAUACUUUUUGUGAAAUAGAUUUCUUGAUAGAGACUUUGAGCUUGUGAGGUUAAAGACUAAUUAUUUUUAUGUUUUUUUUUUUAGUUACUUACGAAUAGGUAUUUAAUUUUGUUUUGUUUAGUUAUCAGAUUUCUUUAGUUGAUUUAAAAAUCUCAAACACAAUUACGAGUACUUACGAUUGAUUUGACUUAAUAAACCACUUUGUACCUAAAAUGUUUUAUUCCCUGACUUUGUAGAAAUUUAUCCAAUGAGACAACCCUGGCACUUUUAAAUCGCUAUAGAGCGUUUGUAUGGAGAAGGGAAAAAAUAUCAGGGUAAGAUUGCCCAUCCAUUUUAAUAGGAAAAUAUUCAUGAUAUGGCAUAACUUUAUUUAGCUAUCGCUUACAUUGCCAGAAAGCUUUAGCUAGUUUUUAUGGCAUUGAAAUAAGGGUUAUAAUUCCACUAAAAUCAUGGUGGGUAAAGUUGGCUAAAAGUCCAGAUAACUUUGCCCGCCUUAAAAUUUGUUUAUAUGAUCAAGAACGCGAUGUCAAAAUUUAAAUAUUGGCUAACCAAUGCAUGCGUUUAAUCUUAGUGUUGCCACAGAUAAAAUAUAUAUCCCAGGUUACAUACAAAAAUCUUGAAGUAUCUUGUUUUAUUCAAAAAAUGUGGGCAAUGUUGGCGUAUUUCACGGUACCUA